CGUCACGUUAAACAAGUGUCAUUAUACGUUAUGUUGUCACUUUCAGGGGGGAUAAAAAUCCUUUAAACUUUAUGCCUGCGUAGAACCACAUCGGAAAUACACUGGAAAUUUAAGUGUCUCUCUCUCCAAAUAAGUGGGUGGGGGCGGACCGAACCGAAUGCACCAACUCAAUCAAUUUAAGGAAGGAAAAUUGAAAUUUCCGUGCGAAAAUGGUGGACCAGGACUUGUUGGCGCGAAAUUACAGACUGACCUCGCGUCCGGCUUUGAACAAAAACGCAUUCGAAGAGCGAACGAUUGAUAUGGAUAAGCGCAACGUUGACGGGACAUUCCUUGGGGAAGUACGUCCGGAAAAGUUGGUCAGGAAGUUCAGGGAGUCGGAGCAGAUUGUCAGUGCGGUCAAGAAAUGCCCUCUGGAAACGUUGCUGGUGCCGGAACAGCCGAGAAACCUCACUAACCAUCAAAUUAAGCUCUUUAACACUGAGCGGCGACUGCAGAAAGCUCGCGUGAAAAUGGAAAAAGCGCGAAAAAUCAUCGAUCAAAGGUGGGCGGACUUGGAAGCGAAAGAGAACGAAUUAAAGGAAAAUUUUAUUUUGUUCAAUGAGUUUGUUUUAGAGAAUGUAGAAAAACGCGAAAGGGCUCAUAAAACGAUAAAAUCCCACAAGAAAAACAUAAAACUCAGACAAGAGGAAAUAGACAAUUUAACGAACCGAAUAGAAACAAUACGAGAAAUACAGGUCACGAUGGAAAGACAUAUAGUAAAACACUCGGGUUAUCAGGAAUAUUUAGAGCAAGUUUGCGAGGUAACGCCCAACUUCAACUACAUAAGCGACCUGAUUUCGCGCUUCCAGGAACUGGGCGAGCAAAAAAACUUUUUAAUCGAACGUCAAAAGAACGGCAUGAACGAGUUGGAAAAGGCGAAAACUCGUAUGAUGAAAUUGAUCGAGGAAAAAAACUUCGUAAUAAUGGGCCUGAACAACCAGAUAGCGAACUUACAGGCGCGUUACGAGAACGCCAACAUAAAAGCCCUGGAAUCCGAGGAACUAGUCACGCAAAUCAAGAAUAACGCCGUGAAACAGAUGGGGGAAAUUGACACGGUGAAAAAUUCCAUAUGGAACGUGUACGUGCAUAUGGCCUCGUCGAAGAAGCAUCCGGUCAAAAUCAAGAAGGACAAUGUGGAGGAACAAAUGAUGUACAUCAACCGGACGCUCACUGAGCUGAAUAAAGUGAAUAAAUUGAUUAAGAAAAAAGCGACGAAGGCGGCUACUAAAUGAACUAAUUAUGGUUUUUUUUUAAUGUUAUAUUAGUUAAUAUACAAGGGUAAAUAA